AAUAUUAAGAAAAAAAACUCAAUUGGACGAGUGUAUAAAUCAACUUUCUCCCUAUUAGAGAAAAGAACUCUCACUCUCUCCCUCUCUCGAUCGAGCAAAAUCUGGAUUCAACGAGGACUUCCCUUCAACUAAAACCCUUUUGAUUCGAGAACAAAACUCCGGGUCUUUUUUUUUUCUUUGCGUUCUUGACCAGUGUUUAAUCGCAAAUUUGUAGCUUUUUUUGGGGGGUGUUUGGGGUGGGGGGGUGGUGAGUGGGGAUGAGGAAGAGGGAGAGGGAGAAUCCGUGUGGGGUAUGUGGGCACUAUCACAAGUACGAGGAAGGGGAAGUUUGUGGGAUAUGUGGGCACCGACCUCCCAUUUCUUCCGAUAGAACAUCGCUUCAACUCAGUGCUUUUCCAUCGGUGAUCUUUCCUGACUUUCUCUAUUUGGGUAGCUAUGAUAACGCCUCUCGCUCUGAGCUUCUCAAGACGCAAGGAAUUACUCGCGUCCUUAAUACCGUACCUGCUUGUCAAAACCUAUACAGGAAUUCAUUUAUCUAUCACUGCCUGCAAGAUGACAAAAUUUUACAAUUUGAUGAUGCAAUACAAUUUUUAGAGCAAUGUGAGAAGGAUAAGGCUCGAGUUCUUGUGCAUUGCAUGUCAGGAAAAAAUAGGUCACCAGCUAUUGUAAUAGCUUACUUGAUGAGGUCUAAAGGAUGGAGGCUUCCGCAGAGCUAUCAAUGGGUGAAAGAACGUAGAUCAUCUGUUGAGUUGAGUCAAGCUGUCUAUCAGCAGUUGCAAGAAUAUGAGCAGAAGCUCUUCGGAUCAUCUGAAAGUAUCAAUCCUUCUUUGCCUGCAUUCCCACCACCGGCUGGAGCUCCAUUCAACUUUGGUUUCUCAAAGGUAAACGAUGCAGUUCCUGCUCCCGUUCCUAUACCUGCCUUCAAUAAUCUUGGUGCUACUUCUAUUUUUGCCCGUCCGCCCUUAGAAGUUCCUCCGCAUGGGUUCACAUUUGGUGCUGGUCAGACUCAGAGAAGUAUGUCCGAAAGCCUAGGGAACCCUAAUGCCAGUGAUAUUCCAAUGGAUAGCACUUAAAUUCCCAAAGUUUGUUUUGCAAAACCAACCGUUUCACCAGAAAAUUGAACGGAGACCGACUUUUAUGAGGUUCUAUAUGAUAUGUGGGUGUAAAUUGGGAGUAAAUCUUAAAAAAGUUUUCUGGUCUGUAAGAUCCGAUGAGUUGAUAUAUUCAUUAUGUUAAUUAAGCGCACGCUAUCUGGGCUGUUCCAGAUUUCAUAUACAAAGAUAAUUUCAAGUAGGAUGUUCUUUUUUGCUUUUCAUAAUAAAAACAGUGUAUUUUGGAACAGUAGAUGCAGUUUCCGGUACGAGGGGGAGUUUGUGUUGAAGGUUAA